CCGCCUCUCCCGCGCGGUCCCAGUCACGGCGCCAGCGGGUAGCCAUGACGGGCCGCCUGCUGCGGGGCCUGUGGCAGCGAUGGCGCCGUUACAAGUACCGCUUCGUUCCCUGGAUCGCGCUGAACUUAAGCCACAACCCGAGGACUCUUCGAUAUGUUCCAGAGGAAUCCAAAGACAAAAUUAUCUCAGAUGAAGAUGUCCUAGGAACAUUACUGAAAGUUUUCCAGGCUCUAUUCUUAAAUGAUUUCCAUAAACAAUCAGAUAUCUUGACUAUCCUUCCAGAACCCGUUAAGUCAAAAUAUCAAGACCUGCUGGCAGUUCAGUAUCAAAGGGUGAAUCUACUUGAAAACAAACAUCAACAGCAAAAUAUCUUUAAACCAGAAGAAAUUCUUUAUAAGACAUUGGGUUUCAGUGUUGCUCGAGCAACUAGCUCACUGAUUUCUGCUGGAAGAGGUGUCUUCGUUACUAAAGGAUUGGUACCAAAAGGCGCAGUUGUAUCUAUGUAUCCUGGUACAGUAUAUCAAAAGUAUGAGCCAAUCUUUUUCCAGUCCAUUGGAAAUCCAUUUAUUUUUAGAUGCCUGGAUGGGGUACUCAUUGAUGGAAAUGACAAAGGGAUAUCAAAGGUUGUGUUCAGAUCUUGUAAUGGAAGAGAUCGACUUGGACCUUUAAAAAUGAGUGAUAGUACAUGGCUAACAUCAGAAAUUCAUAAUCCACUGGCCAUCGGACAGUAUGUCAACAAUUGUUCAAAUGACAGAGCAGCUAAUGUCUGUUAUCAGGAAUUUGAUGUGCCUGCAGUUUUCCCUGUAGAACUGAAACAGUAUCUUCCAAACAUUGCCUACAGUUAUGAAAAACAAAGCCCACUUCGAUGUGUUGUUCUUAUUGCACUUAGGGAUAUUGAGCAAGGAGAAGAGCUUUUUUCAAACUACUACACAAUAGUCAGCUAACUUGGCGAAUUAGAAAUUAGGUUUUUUACUUAGCUAUUAAAUCUAAGUGUAUUUUUGUUAAUCACUUCUCUGAGUUCUACCUGUAGAACAAAUAUUUUGAAAUCUAAUGGAGUAUGUUUUUAUUAAUAUAUAUUUACGUUCCAUUUUCAAUGAUAAAAGUUAUUUGCUUCAUUACAAUUUCAAACUUGUAAUGCAAUUUGAGUUCUAAUUGAUUUUCACCUAAAUACACAAUAACUUAUUAAAACUACUUGGACUUGUAGUUUCAAUUUUUCUUGUAUUUAUUUUGUAUACCUCUGUGAUGGUUUAUAAAAUUUAGCCAGGCAUCAGCAAUUCUAGUAGUACUGUUAAUGUUUACAAGCUUUUGUAAAAACAUUUAUUUUUAUAGGAUAAAGUAAAACAUACCUUUGGUUGCUAUAAGUAAA